CCAAUCGGUGCUCGCGCAUAUAAACGUCCUGCUCGGUAAUUGGCUCAUGGUUGAAACCUUCCCAUGUUGCUUAGCGGCUGCAGCUUGUAAUUUGAAAUGGUCAGGACCAAUCACAGGCGGCCGUAACGACCGGAGCAGCAUUUAAACGUACAGCUAGCUAGUUGACGCUGUUGUUCAAACGAAGAGCGAAGUACACGGCGGCGGUGAGGGGAAAAAAACAACAUUUAUUACCUUUUUGUUUUGUUUUUUCAAACACUAUUCAAGUAUAUUUAGUUAAAUCGAUUGAUUAUUAGGUAUCGUACGCUACAUUUGAGCUAAUUUGGGGCACCUGAAUUGGUUAGUUUUGAUUUGAAUUCAAGUGGUUUUGCUCGGAAGGGUGGAUGGUUGGCUAGCUAGCCUGUCUCAAAGUGAGAUAUAUAGAUAUAUAUAUUCGAUUUAUUUUAUUUUUUAAAUUAUAUAUAUAUUUUUUCUUAUAUUUUUGUCAACUUGUAUCUUUUUUUUCUAUUUUUUUGUUUUCGUAAAUCUUUACAGCACUUUUUAUUAUUAUUAUUUUUUAAUAAUAAUAAUAAUAAUAAUAUAUAUAAAAUGAGUGCGCCGGUAACCAAGGCGGUGAAUCCGUCGACAACCGUCGACCCCAAAUCGGCACCUCUCAAAGACAUCCCGGAUGUUCUCGUAGAUCCCCGGACGCUGAAGAAAUACAGCCGGGGACGAUUCCUGGGCAAAGGAGGCUUUGCCAAAUGCUACGAGAUCACAGACAUGGAAACCAGAGAGGUUUUCGCCGGUAAAGUCGUCCCCAAAUCCAUGAUAGUCAAACCUCACCAGAGGGAGAAGAUGAGCUCUGAAAUCUCCAUCCAUAAGAGUCUCGACAAUCCGCACAUUGUGGGAUUUCACGGUUUUUUCGAGGACGACGACUUCGUGUUUGUCGUGUUGGAGAUUUGCAGGCGACGGUCUCUGUUGGAGCUGCAUAAGCGUCGUAAGGCUGUAACGGAGCCGGAGGCUCGGUAUUAUAUGAUGCAGCUGGUUAAAGGCUGUCAGUACCUCCACAACAACAGAGUGAUACACAGAGACCUGAAACUGGGAAACAUCUUCCUCAGCGAUGACAUGGAUGUCAAGAUAGGUGACUUUGGCCUUGCCACUAAGAUAGAGUUUGACGGGGAACGUAAGAAGACGUUGUGUGGAACACCGAACUACAUCGCCCCAGAGGUUCUCUGUAAGAAGGGACACAGCUUCGAGGUCGACGUCUGGUCUCUGGGCUGUAUCCUGUACACUCUGCUGGUUGGUAAACCUCCAUUUGUAACAGACUCAACAUCUCAACUACAUCCCUGCUGGGUACACUCUGCUGCCAACACCACCCAUUACUACACUACCCCCUGGCAAAUCAACCCUGUGGCGGCGUCUCUGAUCAAGCGGAUGCUCCACGCCGACCCGUCCCAGCGGCCCACCGUCUCCCAGCUGCUGACCGACGAGUUCUUCACAGAGGGGUACAUCCCCCUGCGUCUCCCCACCACCUGCCUCACCGUGCCCCCGCGCUUCUCUAUCGCUCCCUCCUCUCUGGAGCCCAGCCAGAGACGCCCGCUCACCGCUCUCAACAACAAGGGGACAGAGAAGGUGGAACAGAAAGAUGAGCCACUGCUCAGAGAGAUUCCCGAGGCCACAGACUGCCACCUGAGUGACCUGCUGCAGCAACUCGACACCUGCAACGCUGCCAAGCCCUCGGAGAGAGGACUCAUACGCAUGGAGGAGGCAGAGGACCCAGCCUGUGUCCCCAUCUUCUGGAUCAGCAAGUGGGUCGACUACACACACGGACUGCCAAGCCCUCGGAGAGAGGACUCAUACGCAUGGGUACGGCACACACACUGCCAAGCACCAUGGCAGAGGACUCAUCGCAUGGCAACCCUGUGUCACCAUGUCACUGCCAAGCCCUCGGAGAGGACUCAUACGCAUGUCAACCACACCAUGCCAAGCCCUCGGAGAGUCACCAUGGGUAACCCUGUGUCACCAUGUCAACCCUGUGUCACCAUGUCAACCCUGUGUCACCAUGUCAACCCUGUGUCACCAUGUCAACCCUGUGUCACCAUGUCAUACGCAUGGGUCGAGACACCUGUGUCACCCUCUGAAUGGAGGGUUCAACCCUGUGUCACCAUGUCAAGCCCUGUGAGAGGACUCAACGCAUGGGACCACACCAAGUUGAUCCUGUGUCCUCUGAUGGGAGCUGUGUCCUUCAUCGACGAGAAGAGAGACUUCCGGACCUACAAGACGUCUCUGAUCGAGGAGUUUGGCUGCUGUAAGGAGCUGGCCAGCAGGAUGCGAUACGCCCGACUGAUGGUGGCCAAACUACUGUCCUGCAAGUCCUCCACGCCUCACUGACCAACCACCCUCCUCGCUCUGGCCCCGCAGCCAAUCACAGCCCAGGGUGGUGGCCAAACUACUGUCCUCCACGCCUCACCGACCAACCACCUCGCUCUGGCCCCGCAGCCAAUCACAGCCCAGGGUGGUGGCCAAACUACUGUCCUCCACGCCUCACCGACCAACCACCUCCUCGCUCUGGCCCCGCAGCCAGGUGUUUACCCCCCUCCAGACUAUAAUCUACUUCCUGCUGUCUGCUGGCCAAUCAGAGUGCCUGAGGAGUGCUCAGGGUUGUCACAAUAAGCCAGUCAGACAGCUGGAUCUUCCAACGGUCUCUAAUGUUGAAACGAUGUCUUUAUUAUAGUCAAGUGGUCAGUCCCCCCUGUCUGUGUCUCUGGUCUGUGUUUGUCUGAAUUAACACCCUGUCUGUCUCUCUGGUCUGUGUUUGUCUGAAUUAACACCCUGUCUGUCUCUCUGGUCUGUGUUUGUCUGAAUUAA